AUGUUUAUAUUACUAAUAGAUGAUCUUGAUCGAUAUAAUGAAUUGAUGAAUUUAUCUGAUCGAAAUGAAAAAUUAUUUUAUCGAGUUAUUGCAGAGAAACUUAUGCCAAUUGUUCACACACCAACAGUUGGUUUAGCUUGUCAAAAAUAUGGUUUAGUAUUUAGACGACCAAGAGGUUUAUUUAUUACAAUACAUGAUAAAGGUCAUAUCUAUGAUAUAUUGUGCAAUUGGACAGAACAACAAGUUAAAGCAAUAGUAGUCACAGAUGGUGAACGAAUUUUAGGUUUAGGAGAUCUAGGUGCUUUCGGUAUGGGUAUACCUGUUGGCAAAUUACAAUUAUAUACAGCUAUUGCUGGUAUAUCACCACGGCAUUGCUUACCUAUUAUGCUUGAUGUCGGUACAAAUAAUCAAAUUUCAUCAAAUCCUCUUUAUAUUGGUCUACGACAAAAACGUGUUAUAGGUAAAGAAUAUGACGAGUUCAUUAAUGAAUUUAUGCAAGCAGUUGUACAACGUUUUGGUUGGCAUUGUCUUAUACAAUUUGAAGAUUUUGCAAGUCAUAAUGCACACAAACUUCUUGAAAAAUAUCAAAAAAAAUAUUGUACAUUUAAUGAUGACAUUCAAGGUACAGCUGCAGUUGUUCUUGCCGGACUCUUUGCAGCACUUCGUAUAACUGGUAAAAAAUUAAUUGACAAUACAUAUCUUUUUGUUGGUGCUGGUCAAGCAGCCUGUGGUAUUGCUGAUUUAAUAACACAUGCAAUGAUACGUGAAGGAUCAUCUAUUGAAGAAGCACGAAGUAAAAUUUGGAUGUAUGAUAUUCAUGGACUUAUUGUUCGAAAUCGACCUCAAGGUAAUAUAGAAGGUCCGAAAGCAUCAUAUCUAAAAAAAGGAAGAGCAAUUAAAGAUCUUUCAUCAGUAAUUGAUUAUGUCAAGCCAACCGUACUAAUGGGUGCUAGUGGAGUAGCACGACUUUUUCAUGAUGGUGUUCUUAAAAAAAUGGCUCAAGUUAAUGAUCGUCCUAUUAUUUUCGCUCUAUCAAAUCCAAUUAGUCGAGCUGAAUGUACAGCUGAAGAAGCAUAUCGAGAAACGGAUAAACUUGGUUCAUUAGUAACUCAAAAAGACUUAGAUUCUGGUCGUAUUUAUCCACCUAUACCAACUAUUCGUGAAGUGACUAUCAAAAUUGCUGCUCAUUUAGUCGAACAUCUUUAUAAAGAAAAGAAAGCUUGGUUUCAUCCGGAACCAAAAGAUAAAGAAGAAUUUAUUCGUAUGCAAUUAUAUAACACAAAUUAUCAAUAUUUUGGUCCACUAACAUGGAAAUGGCCUGAAUUGCAUAAAAAACCACGUAAUGUUCCAUCUAUGGAUGACAAUAUUGUUCUUGAGUCCUAA